AUGGAGGAACGCAAAUAUGGAAAUGGUUUUGGUUCUAACCUAGAGGAGACCAUGUUUUUGACGGAAGAACAUCGGAAGUUCGCGCAAGUCGUUGCACUUCAAGAGGAGAAGUGUCAACGUCUAGCCAAUUUUCAAAUAACACAACUUGAGGAAUCUGAUCCAGAAUGGGAGGCAGUUAUGGAGCAACAAAUGAUGGAGAAUCUAAAACGACUGAAUAUCUUAGUAAAGAUUCCGGGCAUGUCCGAAGUUGCUUCUUCGGGAACAGUUCCGUUGCAAGAGGGGUUGAAGCCAUUUGAAAGUGCACCAUUUGGUGAGCGUAACAGUCCCUUUAUAUUUGCAGUUAGUUUAAGCUUCCCACUCGCAAAACAUAAGUAG